AGCGGGCCUUGAAUGGGGAGAUAGUAAGCUCACGAUGCAAUUUCGUGUCCUCGGAUAUCUUACAGUUGCACUUUCCAAACCAUUCGUCAGAUAACCACGUUCGACCUCAUAUACACCCCUCCACAUGCUGCUGGGCCAUUUGCCUUGCAGCUAUGUCCAAGUUUAACAGUGAUUGUGUCCAACGUCGACUUGCUGAGGCAAAGAUAGGCGAUACGGCAUCUACUCCCUUUACCCGUCAACCCGAGGACUUGACGGGCUUGCCACUUCCUGUUGCCCAGGCUAGUACUGCGGAUUCAGGCCGCCAAAAAACUAAAAGAACGCGCAUACGUCGUCUCCGCGUGUAUUGGGAAUGUUUCAUGAAGCGCAUGGGUACCGAGUCCCCGUCCUUAUCCUCCGCGCUCGUGGACAGUGUUCGUGAUAGCAGUCAAGUUCGGAUAAGGACAGAAGAUGGUACUGACGUUGAUGAAGUUGACGAAAUUGUCGUGGACCGAGAUUGGACAGAGGAUGUGAAGAACUCGCUAGACCACUCCGAAUACGCUCCAGAUAAUUCAGGGGAUAGCUAUACAGCUCAAGUUGGUGCAAGGGCUGGUACAAGCGUCGGCCAUGAAAGUACCGCGUUCCCAGAUGAUGGUAGUUUCUUCCGUCAAUUUCUCGUUCUUCUCCGCUGGGAGGUUUGGCCAGUAGUGCAUAAUUUUUUUCAUGUUCGUUUUAGUGAUGAAAAGACGGAAGAACGAUAUCAGGGGGAGCGUUGGUGUAUUAGAAAGCUAUUAGCAAUUUGGUCGGCCAUAUUUUUCAUCGCCAACUGGGUCAUUGGAGCAGCAACCAUUGACACGCCUACCACCAUUCUUGAUAAGUUAUGGAUAUGGGGUUUUAUACCUAUGCAUACCAUUCCUCUCCUCAUCUUGGUCGUAUUCGAUUUCCCACGCGACUGUCGAAUACCCUACCAGUUGCUCUUAAUGAUAUCAACAUGGUCAUGGUGUUUGUAUGAGAUUGUGACAAUAUAUGUAUGCGGGUAUUAUAGUGCAGAUAAUACAUGCGGAACAAAGGAUUUCUUAGGAACAUUCUAUUAUACAUCUGCAUUACAAACCAUAGCACUAUUCGGGAUGAGGAUGAAUAGAAUUGCCGCUACGGUGGGGGCACUGACUUUCCUGGUUAUCUCAAGUACUCUUAUUUUGCCAUAUAAGCCAAUGUGGACCAAGCACAUGCUUAAUUUUCUUUUGUAUCACACAUUUCUCUUGUUUGUGCAUUACAUGCACGAGAAUUCCGAACGGCGUCUCUUUAUCCUCCGAGAGCAACUCAAAACCCAGUUUAAGGCUACCCAGAAGGCUCAAAUUAACGAGCGAAAAGAAGCGGACUCUAAGAGGAGGCUUACAUCAUAUGUCUUCCAUGAGGUCCGAGUGCCCUUGAACACAGCUCUCCUUGCCGUGCAGAAUAUGGAGGCAUCGUGCGCUGUAUCUAAAGCGCAAGAAAUAGAAUUCAUGGCAUUAGGGGGCAGCUUGGUAAUGAUGUCCAAGGUUCUCAAUGACAUGCUUGACUUCAAUCGCAUGGAUAGUGGUCGGUUCGAGAUCUUGUCUAAACCCUACAAAUUCCAUGCUGUUAUGCGUUCGUUAUUUAUUCCACUGCGCAUGGCAACAGACGCCCGCAACCUUGAACUCGUGACUUCUCUUGAUGAGUCCGUCGAUAAGGUUGCGCGACAAGCCGCUUUCGAGGCCGCAGGCGACGAUUUGGCAGAAUCUGAGAAUUAUCUGAAUAACAAUGAAGACGGUAUCGUUCUUGGGGAUGCUACUAGGCUGCGACAAAUCAUCAACAAUCUCGCAAGCAACGCCUGUAAAUUUACUCCUGCGGGAGGAAGAAUAACGUGUUCAACACGCCUGAUAACUCCUGUAUAUUCCGCGCCAGAACCUUCAGGUAAUCCAAGACCAAAGAUUGAUAUAGACGAAGGCACGAUAGAGGAGGUACUCUGCGCCCCCGCUGAUGAUUUUGAUCCACUAUAUGAUCCGACGACGAGCGGGGGACAAGUCGUGGAAUUUUCAACAAAGAAGGGCCCACUGAAGCAAAUCGUUGUGCGGAUUGAAGUCAGCGAUACAGGACAUGGAAUUCCACCUAGGGAGGUGGCGCAGGGCAAGCUGUUUUCCGCAUUCAAUCAGACGGAGCAAGGUAGACAACAAGGCGGAAAGGGCACUGGUCUCGGCCUGGCCCUUGUCCGCCAGAUCGUGAGGCUGAGCGGCGGUCGGCUAGGCCUGCGUUCUAAAGUCGGUCAUGGGUCGACGUUUUGGGUCGAGCUGCCGCUGGGUGUCGGAGUUAAAGUUGUCGAUGAACCAGACGCGGAGUCAACUCUGCGCGAGAAACAGCGCACCUUUCAGCUAGCCGGGCCACUAUCAGUGGAUCUACUAACAAGCAUUACCCCGACGCAGGCAGUCUCGACGAACAUUAUGCACACUAUGAUGGACGAAGGGGGCUUGGUGCAGUUGAAUUUACCAAAUACAGUUAAUAGCUCUGAGACUUACAGGUUUACUCGGAAUAUCAGCAAGCUCUCGUCGGACACCCAGCUUGGUCCACCACCACCCACUCCACCUGUCGAUGUGUUUGACGAGAACCCCGUCGCGGAUUCGCUAAAGAGGCUUGAUGUUACCCCACUACCACCUAUUUCAUCUACUUCAACUCGCCUAGAUCCACCAGUUCGAAAAUCGUCACUAGUUUCGCAAUUAUCGGGGUCCCUACCGUUGCCCUUGAACCGCAAAGGGUCUAUUGCUUGUUUCGAUCCGCCUAUAAUUGUUUUAGUGGUUGACGAUGACCGCCUUACUCGUACCGUCAUGUCUCGAAUGCUGACAAGAUUAGGAUGCAACGUUUCGACUGCUGAGAAUGGUGAAAUCGCAUUGGAAAUGAUCAUCGGCAAUCCAGGGACUUCAAAGACCGAACAUGGACCUAAUCCCACGGUCUUCGAUCAUGACAGUGAAAAAGACCAGAAUGGUAAAGAGACGGAGAGUGGUUAUACAUAUGAUGCCAUCUUUCUUGACAACCAGAUGCCCAUUAUGUCUGGUUUGGAGGUGGUCUCCAAACUUCGAGAAAUGGGUAGGGCUGAUUUCGUCGUUGGAAUUACCGGUAAUGCACUCAUCGAUGACCAAAAAGAAUACUUCGACGCGGGCGCAGACCACAUCUUGACAAAACCUGUCUUUGAAUCUAGCCUGGUGAAAAUGUUGACGAUAGCAGACGAGCGGCGACAAAGAUUAUGAACUUUGACGACCUCAAUGCCGAUGGGCUUGUUUGUCGUCCUUGCUUAUAACAUUCUCAUCUGCCCUGAACGACCUUUGUUCUCUUAUGUUGGAUUUUUGGUGUAUAGGGUCGCACAAUAUUUAUCAUGUUAGAUUUUGUUAUCUGUAUUUGUUGACUCCCGCAUGAACGCUGAAAUUUGGCUGCGAGGCAA